AUGCCGUCAAUUCGACAAAGCUCAGACAGCCCUCCCGGCGAAGAAGCAUAUCUUUUGCAUAGAUCGGCAUCAAACAAAGUGCCCCAGCUGGAGGUAAAUCGUUCGGAUCUCUUUACAAUUUACUCAACAUUCCUUGGUGUCUUUAUCGCAAGUGCUGAUGAGUUCCUUGUGCUAUCUACAUAUACUACCAUCGCGUCACAGUUCCACCGACUGUCUGAGGGCUCAUGGUUGCUAGUUGCUUAUAAUUUUGGAUAUUGUAUUGCUCUGCCGAUGGCGAGUAGUUUCAGUCAAUUCAACAAUUGUAACAGGCUGCUAACGUUUGAACAGUGUGGAACAUUGAGUGAUUUAUAUGGUCGCAAGAAUGUACUUGUUACAUCAUACAUCCUAUUCCUGCUUGGGUGUUUUGCAUCGGGGGCAAGUAGUUCAUUAGUCCAACUUGUUCUGGCAAGAGUGCUUGCUGGUGCAAGUGGUGCUGGGAUGGUGACCCUUGUUUCAAUUAUUAUCAUAGAUCUUGUCCCAUCCAGGGAGGUUGCGGUGUACAGAAGCUAUGAGAAUGUGAUGACCGUUAUUGGACGUAGUCUAGGAGUACCCAUUGGGGGUCUCGUAUCAGAUACUGUGGGAUGGAGAUGGACGUUCUUUGGCCAGGUCCCGUUUAUCCUUUUUUGCGCCCUUGUUGGAAUCUAUGCAUUGCCGGAUUUCCGGGGCGGAGCUGAAGGAGAACCGUCGGAUGAGGACUUACCAAGUGCCUCACGCCUUCGCGAUAUCGACUUCGCUGGAAUAAUCACAUUUUCGGCGACAAUCCUCUUAUUCUUGCUUUUGCUUCGGGAGACAGGAAUGAAGGCAGAAGACCAAGUUCUUCAAAUAUGUGCCCUAUCUCUGGGGCUUCUUAUUUCCAGUCUGACCUUCAUUACAACCGAACUCUUCUGGGCACGAAAACCUAUAAUCCCAGUACCACUGUUGCUUAAAGAGCUGGGGCUUUACUGUCUCGUCCAUCUUUUGUUAAAUUCUGGUCGAACGGCUCUCGUGAUCAACAUCAUUCCAUAUUUUAUCCGUGUCGAGGGAAUCAGUAACUUUCUCUCCUCAGUGAUGUACAUCCAGGUCGCUGCGGGUGUAUCAGUGGGAGGAGUCAUUGCUGGUGUUAUAAUUAAACGCAUGGGACGAUACAAAACGAUGGCUGUCUUAUCACUCAUUGUUACUAUACUAUCUUUCUUGCUCAUCUUCAUCACCUGGAGGGAUGGUUGUGGGUCUUGGGAAUCCUCCAUACUUUUCCUUGUAGGGUUCGCGCCGGGGAUUCUGUUUUCUGCUCUGUUCAUUGGAAUGUCCCAAAGCUCCCCAGAAGACUGCAUUUCUUCCUGUAUUGGGACCUUCUAUCUCAGCCAGCAGCUUGGGGUGAUCAGUGGUUCAGCAUGCGGUUCAGCCUUGAUUCAAAGUCUAUUUAUGAGAAACCUUUCAUCUCAAUUGGAGAAUAACCCACAUUGGAAGGAUAUUCCGAAUAUUCUCAAUGAUGUCGAGUUCUCGCGGACGUUACCACAGGCCGAACAAAAUAUUAUCAGGUCCAGUUACUUGGCUAGCUUUCAAUAUAUACCUUUGUUCGCAGCGGUAACUACUUCAGCAGCAUUGCCCAUAUUCUUGCUCCUUAAGGGGAAGAAGAUAGAGUAA